UCGCCUUCCUUCCCAUUGAGACAAUUGCGUUAACUGAAAAAACCCAAGUUCGAAGUGUGUAACCUUUGGAGUCACAAGGUUCCUUUUGGAUUGUUUCCUUUUUCAGCAGGGGGACUGCCUGACUCUUCACAGCGGCAGUCCAACGAAGAGGCUGCUUUGAGUCACUGAUAUGGAUUCUGGACGCAGAAUCCACGUACCUGCUGAAGUGUGAUGUUCACAAGCUUUGUCGUUCGAUCGAUGGUUUCUUUUGGAUUUGCUGGCCACUUGAAACUUGAUGGACCUCCACUUCCUUUCAGGUUUCUCACCUGUACCCUUAGGAAAUGGUUACUUAGGCCGGCGUGUGGCAAACCGCAUCCAAUCAGCACGCAUUUUCAUAAGUGUGUGUGUGUGAGCGUGUUUUUAAAGCUAGUCGGCAUAUUAUAGAAAUCACUGUUUUAUUUCUGGCUUCAGAACUCCAUCAAGCUGAGUCUUCUGUGUUCUUUAAGCUUGUUUGGUCCAACAUCAGGAUAUAUUUGGCUCUUUGGAGAGGAGUUGUGCACACUCAAUAUCGAUACAGUCGGAUUGUACUUCCUAAAUAGGUCAGACCCGGCCGGCCCCGGCGCUGAUCGACGCCUCAAUUUGCGAGAAGGAAACAAUCUCACGAAGAGCGCUGAACGACGUGUCGCUCGUUCUGGUGGGAGUGCAAGGAGUGGAAAUGCCCGUGUAGGAGCUGUGGGCGAAUUUGCGCCUGAAAUCAUCGCGCUUGGAGAGAAGUUCAGACAGCCCUUGGAUCCAAAGAAGGUCACAGAUGUACUUCAACUGAUGAAUCCUUCAACGUUGGCCACCAUCUUGCAGCUCUUCCCCGAUGGGAAAUAUGACGUGGCGCUUCUGCAAGACACCUUUGUACCAUAUGAUGAUUCAGCUCCUUAUGCGACCGGAAUGACCAACUGGCUUCAUGAGAUCAGAGGGAAGACUGGCCUAUGCUAUCUCUCUUCUCCAGCUGAUGGCAAAUUCAUUCCAGGCAACUUGAACCUCUUGUUGAAGACCCAAGCUUCUUUGGAUCCUGAGCAGUUAAACUUCUAUACCCAACAGCUGCAGACCUUGACCAAAACAGCCACCAGUGCCACAGCGGGACCUCGUCCCACCGCCUUGGUCUUCGAUUUCUUCAACGAAGGCCACAUCAACGCCGUGCGCUUCGACGAGGACGACGCGCAACGCGUCACGGGCACCGCGCCCGGGUCGCGCGCCACGGUCACGCGGCGCCGGCAGCGCCGGGCCGCCGAGGCGGCGGAGCCGACGUACCAAGAGCGCAAGAUGAAGACGUGGAUUCUGCUCGAUGGGCACCACAAGGUUGAGGCAGCAGCACAACUUGGUUGUAGCUUAAACUUUCUGGUGGUCUCUCCCUGUGCUGAGCCCUAUGCCCCUUUGGGGCCCGAAGAUGCUCCCUACGUGACGCCUGUCACCAGCCAGGUCUCGUUUCCGCACCUGUUGCGCAAGGACACGCAGGGUCCAUUGAAGGCUGACUGGGAGGCUGCACGUCUUUGCCGGCAUUGUUCGAUGCUCCUUAGUAGCUCCAAGGAACCUCCAGAAGCGUGUUUGAUUUCCUUAGGGUGCCCAUGCUUCCAGCAAGACUCGUUCCUCCCACGCUGGGCCUAUGAAAUUCUGGCUUGGAACAAGGGCGCCGUGGAAGGAUGCAAACUCCUGCGGAAGCUACAGGAGUACUGGGGCAAGGAUCAUGAAGUCUUUACUCAAUACUUCGACGUCGACUUUCAGGAGCUCCCUCAAGCAGUCUGUGACCAAUGCUACGAAGAUCCCUUCUUCCGACAUCUGGAUCAGCAAUGACCUAUCUAUCGCCUGGUGGUCGGUCGAACAGACCGGUGUCACUGCCCUGGUGUCACCGGUGGCCCACCCUGGAUCCCGGCUUUUUCUCGCAAGACUUGCGCGAUCGCAUGAUGUACAGUGUACAGGAUCGUCAUUUUUGAUUUCUUUGUUCAGCCGGGUGGCCGAGAUGGUG